AUGACGCGUCAAGAGGGUUGUCGGCUGAAGAGUUGUGUUCCAGCAAACGGCAGAUUUGCGGCCCCGACUUUCUGUGGAAGGAAGAAUCGUCUUGGCCUGAACAGCAGAAUGUUGUGAGAGACGUUCAGGAAGAUGAUCUGGAAGUUAAGAGAGAAGCGAAGACAGCUGUCGUCACGACUCAAGCAGAUGGUGAAAACGACAUGUUCAGGCGAAUUAUCAGUUACUUUUCGUCUUGGUUUCGUUUGAAGAAGUUUAUCGCAUGGAUCUUGCGUCACCCCCUGAAGCUCCUGCAAUCUUGUCGCAGACGUAAGGAAGGUGUAGUUAAGCAGCUUGUUAAUGGGAAACCAGAACCGAUAUCUGCGGAAGAGAUCAAGACAGCAGAAGUGCAAAUACUCAAGCAUGUACAGAAACAAAGCUUCGUCAAAGAGUUAAGGCUUGCACGAAAUGAGAAGAAAGAGAGGUGCGACCCAACAGUGGAAAAGCGAAUGAAGACUCGCGUCGUAAAGAAAUCAAGUCCAAUUUACAAGCUUGAUCCAGUGAUAGUUAAUGGU